UCUCUCCUAGAAUAGCUGAAACGAACAGCGGCAGAGCUGCAGAGCCGAGUAACAAGACAGAGCUGCUUCUACCACUUUGGGCAUCUUCCAAGCCUCUGCAGUUCCCAAAAGGACCCUCUGGGUUCAGUCCGCAGUCCCUCUGGAUCAAGGCACAUACAGUUUUUGUAAAUGUCUAGUAAGGAUUUGCCUUUCCAAUAUGACAUCGGAAGAAGAAGCAAUUAUGUGGGGCGUGGGCAAGAAACGCAAGUGGAGAACAUCAAAGCAUAUGUUUGCCAGCCCCCCUUCCCCACAGACAAAGCUGUGAUUGUGGUUCACGACAUAUAUGGGUGGCAAUUCCCCGAUACCAGAUUCGUUGCUGAUAUAAUUGCUGCUGAUGGAUACUUAAUCAUCUGCCCAGAUUUUUUCCUGGGAAAAGCACCCUGGACACCUAAUGAUCGUUGGCAGAAUUUUGGAGACUGGUUAAAGCAUCGGGAUCCCAUGAAAGUAGACAGGACAGCUGACAUUGUCAUGAGAUGUCUAAAGGAGCAGUACAAUGUUAAGAAGAUUGGUAUCGUUGGGUUUUCCUGGGGCGGAAUGGCUGUACAUCACUUGAUGCUGACAAACCCUGAACUAAAGACUGGAGUAUCUGCCUAUGGAAUUAUCAGAGACUCUGAAGACAGGUACAAUUUGCUGAACCCCACGUUUUUCAUUUUUGGAGGAAAAGAUCACACUAUUUCUCAGAAGCAGGUCACUUUACUGGAACAGAAGCUGAAGGAAUACUGUACAGUAGACUACAAAAUUAAAGUCUAUCCUGGACAAGUUCAUGGCUUUGCUCAGUGCAAACCUGAGGACAUGAAGUCUGAAGAUGUGCCUUACAUCGAGGAAGCAAGGCUAGACUUGCUGCAGUGGCUGAACAGAUACCUUAUGUUUUGAAAACACUUUAUUCCCUCCGCUUUGAAAAUGCACUUUAUUAUUUUUCUCUAAAAGAUUUGUAGGUUCUUUCUUAUCCAUCAGACUUUGAAAAAGAGAAAGUUGCAUUUGGUUUAUAGUUUGCAGGAAUAAAUAUGGGAA